AUGAUCGGUGCACAGAGCUCCCCAGGCCCCAAGCGCCCUGGCAACACUUUGAGAAAAUGGCUCACCAGUCCCGUGAGGCGUCUUAGCAGUGGAAAAGCAGACGGGCAUGUCAAAAAACUAGCCCACAAGCAUAAGAAGAGUAGAGAGGUUCGCAAAAGUGCCGAUGCAGGCUCUCAGAAGGAUUCUGAUGAUAGUGCAGCAACCCCACAGGAUGAAACUGUUGAAGAGAGAGGUCGGAAUGAGGGGCUGAGCAGUGGCACUCUGUCCAAGUCAUCCUCUUCAGGCAUGCAGAGCUGUGGAGAGGAGGAAGGUGAAGAGGGAGCAGAUGCUGUACCGCUUCCUCCUCCAAUGGCAAUUCAGCAACACAGUCUUCUCCAGCCAGACUCGCAGGAUGACAAGACAUCUUCUCGAUUACUGGUGCGGCCGACCAGCUCUGAGACACCCAGUGCUGCAGAACUAGUCAGUGCAAUUGAAGAGCUCGUCAAAAGUAAAAUGGCUCUGGAGGACCGUCCAAGUUCCUUGCUGGUAGAUCAAGGUGACAGCAGCAGUCCAUCCUUCAACCCUUCAGAUAACUCCCUUCUCUCCUCAUCAUCACCCAUAGAUGAGAUGGAAGAAAGGAAAUCCAGCUCCUUAAAAAGACGACACUACGUCUUACAGGAAUUAGUGGAGACAGAGCGAGAUUAUGUACGAGAUCUGGGCUAUGUAGUUGAGGGUUAUAUGGCACUUAUGAAGGAAGAUGGCGUACCUGAUGACAUGAAAGGCAAAGACAAGAUUGUAUUUGGAAACAUUCACCAGAUUUAUGACUGGCACAGAGACUUCUUUUUAGGAGAGUUGGAGAAGUGCCUUGAAGAUCCAGAAAAGCUGGGAUCCCUGUUUGUUAAGCAUGAGAGAAGGUUGCACAUGUACAUAGUUUACUGCCAAAACAAACCAAAGUCUGAGCACAUUGUUUCAGAAUACAUUGAUACGUUUUUUGAGGAUCUAAAGCAACGCCUGGGCCACAGACUUCAGCUCACGGACUUGCUAAUAAAACCUGUGCAGAGAAUUAUGAAAUACCAGCUGUUACUAAAGGACUUCCUCAAAUAUUCUAAAAAAGCUAACCUUGACACAACAGAACUAGAGAGAGCUGUAGAGGUCAUGUGUAUAGUACCAAAACGGUGUAAUGACAUGAUGAAUGUUGGCCGCCUGCAAGGAUUUGAUGGUAAAAUUGUAGCCCAGGGUAAGCUCCUGCUCCAGGACACAUUCUUGGUUACAGACCAGGACACAGGACUUCUGCCACGCUGCAAGGAGAGACGGGUCUUCCUGUUUGAGCAGAUUGUCAUUUUCAGUGAGCUGCUAGAUAAAAAGAAAGGUUUCUCCAUGCCCGGAUUCUUGUUUAAAAACAGUAUCAAGGUAACUGUUGUGU